AUUCUUUAUCUGCAACUAAAUUACGAGCUAUUCUUCAAAAACAAUUUCCGGUUGUCAACCUUCCUCAUGAUAUUAUUUUUGAAUAUAAUACAUUCCAAAGUCUUAAUCAUUAUUUGAUAAAAGAAUUAUCAAAAAUCAGCUUUCUACAAGGUCAAAAUGCUAAAGACGGUUAUGAAGCAAAAUUACAGGCUCUUAAAAAUGAAGUGUACUCUUAUAUUCAAAAAUAUAGUGCAACUGAUAAUUUCCCAUCUGUGGAUAACUCUGAUAAAAUUAAUGGAGUCAUAAAUAAAAAAAAUGGUGAAACGGUUCUUAUGAUAGGAGUUACUGGAUCUCUUGGAUCUUUUAUUCUUCAUUCAUUUGAACAACAUCAUUUAGAUUCUUCUUUAUUAUCUAAAGAACGUAUUAUCAUUAUACCAAGUGAUUUGGCUUUUGAACGUGAUAGUAUUGCUGGAACCGUUCAUCUUCUUAUGCUCGCUCAUGAAGCAUAUACUCAUCAUCAAAAUGUUCAUUUUAAUUUUACAUCAAGUAUUAGUACAACUAUUAGAUCAAAAACAAAU